AUGCACAUCAGUGGCUUCUUCGACUCAAAAGCAGUGAAAAAAGGAUCUCCCAUGGCUGAAGGAAAUGUGACCCAUAGGAACACAGAAAGGAGAAAUAGCCGACGUCGCAUGCAUAAGCUGGCAGAAGUUAUUCCUGAGGAGGGUGAAGCUGAGGAAGAUGCAGAUUCGGUUGUGCUGUUUCCUGCUCAUCAAGCUAAAUCCCAUUCACGAGUGGAGAAACAGCGUCCUGUUGUUAAAGAUGAUCGUAGUGGCAAUAACGAUACAGGCUUGCUGUCAAAAGUUACCCCUCAAGAAACUGGUCCUGAUGCAACUAGGCCAAGAAGGUCAAAGAUGGGAGAGGAUGUUCAUACUGAUGCUGGCGCUGCUGGGGAUUCUUCUGUUAGCAAAUCUGCUGCUGCAGUUGGUCAUAACUUGGUCCGUGAAGGGUCUGGAGUAAUCAACAGUACUGAAACCGAUCAAAAUUCAAACAUCAGUGUACGUCAAAGCGAGGAAUGCACAUUGAAUAAAGGAGAGGACUUUGCUAACAUCAGUAAACAGACCAGGAGAGUUCAUGACACUGCAAGUAAGGUGCCAACGCAAGUGGUUGGCAGUGACUCUAAAGUAUUCGGUAAUGAUAAAACUGAAAAUAGUUCACCUGCUAUCAUGGCUCGCUCCAGGCAAGUAACAUUCAACAUAAGAGAACACGAUCAUGCUGACGCCGCUGUACAUUCACCAAACACAAUUAAUCAGAAGAAUGUCGGCAAGGUAAAAGUGACAACAACCUCUGCAAGUGCAAGAACAAAUGCGACAACAAUGCCAGAAAUUCCAGCAAACAGAGAAGUAGCACCAAAAUCUGUUGGCACUAUCGAUAGCAGCUUAACCCUUGAAGUUCAUCACACAGUAAGUAUUACUAAAGAUUCUACUCGUACUGGUGUUGACAACAUUGGUGGUCAUAUGGAGGACAGGAGUAUCAGUUUGCCAGCCAAUCCAAAUCAUGAAGAAUCUAAAGCAUGCAGCGCUACUGAAACCACGUGCGAUUCAGAGCCUUGCAUGUUGCCUGCAAGUUUAGCCUGGCGCAAGCAACGGGGACUGAAGAAGCAAGAAGCCAGUUUCGCAGGCGCAGGCGGUGGCAUAGGCGCAUCCAUCAAGAAAAUUCCUCGCAUGGCAAACAAAACCUCGGAGAAAGUUACCUACAAAAACAAGGCUGGGCCAGUGGAACAUCCAUCUACUGGAGCAUCCAAGAACACCGAUCCACAUUCGAAGCCCGCGUGCACACCGUCUUGUACCAUCGGUAUGACUGAAGCAACCAUGGCAUACAGACACCACACCAGCAGCCACGCCGACGACGACAAUGCUCAUUUCUCCAUCGACAUCAAGGCCGACGACGACUCGCAUCAGGCACCAAAGGUGUACACCGCCAUUUGGGCAGACACCGACACGGACACCCUGCGAGCUCGGUUCCUCAGCUCGAUGCAGCACCACCACAGGAUGGCCUCCCGCCGUCGUCAUCGCCGCCAUAGGGCGAAGCACGGCUCUGGGAACACGUGGAGCAUCAGCCCGGUUUUGGUGGUCGUCCUCCUUGUCGUCUCUGUGGCGCAGCUUCUGUUCAUCAUCUGGAUGUACCGCAGGCUCCUGAACCAAAACCGAUCGUCCGGCGGCCAGACCACCCUGCAAUCGUUCCUCGUCAAGCCCAGGUGGAGGAGAAUCUUUUCCUCUUCCGAAAUUUGCUCCAUCUUGGAUCUCUAG